AAUUUGGUCAUUUGACUUUAGCCCAACGCUCUUUAUCGUUUUCUCCAAGCAUUUUUAUUGCACUCACAACACAAAAACAUCACUAUCCAAAUCCCGGAAAAAUUUCUGUUUUUUUCUUCCAAAUUUUCACUUUAAUAGUACAGAAGAAAGAAAAUAAAAAAUCCUAUCUCCUUUUCUUUUGUAUGAAUAUUAAAUUAAAGAAAUUUUAAUUCGUUUCUACUCAGUUUUUACAAGAUCUAACUUGAAAAGAUGAUGAAACAAAUUUGAUUUAAUCGAGUAAAUAUCUUUAGUUUGUGCUUUUCUUCUUCUUCCCUUUUUUGUUUUUAAACUUUAAAAGAAUAAUCUAGUAUGGCCGACGCGCUCUUCGUUAUUCCCGCCUCCGUUCUGCGUAAUCUAUCCGACAAGCUGUAUGAGAAGCGGAAGAAUGCGGCCCUUGAGUUUGAAGGAAUUGUGAAACAGCUAGCGUCGUCCGGAGAUCACGAGAAGAUAUCGCUCGUGAUCAACUUGUUGACCACGGAAUUUGUUUACUCACCACAAGCCAAUCACCGUAAGGGAGGAUUGAUAGGUUUAGCUGCUGCCACUGUGGGGUUGACUUCCGAAGCUGCCCAACAUCUUGAGCAAAUUGUGCCACCAGUACUUAAUUCUUUCUCUGACCAAGAUAGCAGAGUUCGCUAUUAUGCAUGUGAAGCUCUAUAUAACAUUGCAAAGAUUGUUCGAGGAGAUUUUAUCAUAUUCUUUAAUCAGAUAUUUGAUGCUUUAUGCAAGCUUUCAGCUGAUUCAGAUGGCAACGUACAGAGUGCUGCUCACCUUUUAGAUAGGCUUGUGAAGGAUAUUGUUACUGAAAGUGACCAGUUCAGUAUUGAAGAAUUUAUCCCAUUGUUGAGAGAGCGCAUGAAUGUCCUGAAUCCUUAUGUUCGUCAGUUUUUGGUUGGAUGGAUAACCGUACUGGAUAGUGUUCCAGAUAUUGACAUGUUGGGUUUCCUCCCUGAUUUUCUUGAUGGUUUAUUUAAUAUGUUAAGUGAUUCUAGUCAUGAAAUAAGGCAACAAGCUGAUUCAGCACUUUCAGAGUUUCUUCAAGAGAUUAAAAACUCCCCAUCUGUAGAUUAUAGUCGCAUGGCUGAAAUACUGGUGCAACGGGCAGCUUCUCCUGAUGAAUUCACUCGGUUAACAGCUAUAACUUGGAUAAAUGAGUUUGUAAAGCUUGGUAGAGACCAGCUUGUUCCUUACUAUGCUGACAUACUGGGAGUCAUUCUCCCCUGCAUAUCUGAUAAAGAAGAGAAAAUUAGAGUAGUCGCUCGUGAAACCAAUGAGGAGCUUCGUGCAAUCAAGGCUGAUCCAGCAGAAACUUUUGAUGUGGGUGCCAUUCUCUCCAUCACAAGGAGGCAACUUGAUAGUGAGUGGGAGGCCACUAGAAUUGAAGCAUUGCACUGGAUAUCAACCCUUUUAAAUAGAUAUCGUGCUGAGGUCUUGUGUUUUCUAAAUGACAUAUUUGACACCCUUUUGAAAGCUCUAUCAGACUCUUCUGAUGAGGUGGUGCUCCUGGUUCUGGACAUCCAUGCAUGCAUAGCACAAGAUCCCCUAAACUUCCGCCAGCUUGUUGUUUUUCUGGUGUAUAAUUUCCGGGUUGAUCAUUCUCUUCUAGAGAGGCGUGGUGCUUUGAUAAUCCGUAGACUUUGUGUUCUCUUGGAUGCUGAAAGAGUCUACCGCGAGCUAUCCACCAUACUAGAGGGAGAAGCAGACCUGGAUUUUGCCUGCAUUAUGGUUCAGGCUUUGAAUUUAAUUCUACUCACUUCUUCUGAGCUGUCUGAGCUUCGUGGACUCUUGAAACAGUCACUGGUUAAUGCUGCUGGAAAAGAUUUGUUUGUUUCUUUGUAUGCUUCAUGGUGCCAUUCACCCAUGGCAAUCAUAAGUCUUUGUUUAUUAGCGCAGAUGUACCAGCAUGCAAGUGCUGUGACUCAAUCCCUGGUCGAGGAAGAUAUCAAUGCCAAAUUCUUAGUCCAGCUUGAUAAAUUGAUUCGCUUACUUGAAACUCCAAUCUUUGCUUAUAUCAGAUUGCAGCUUCUUGAACCAGGAAGAUAUAUAUGGUUGCUGAAAGCAUUGUAUGGUCUUCUAAUGCUACUUCCACAGAAAAGUUCUGCCUUCAAGAGAUUGCGAACACGUUUAAAAACUGUGCCACUGUGCUCGUUCAAUGGCGACCAAAUCAAACAAGCAUCAUCAGGCAAUCCAUACUCCCAAAUUUUAUGUCACAGUGGAUCACAAAUCAGCGAGGAUGGUGACAUAACCCAAGAUAAUGGGAAUUUACAGAAUGGAAUUAAUUUUGCUUCAAGGCUACAACAGUUCGAGCAAAUGCAGCGACAGCACCGUAUGCUUGCAAAAUCACAAGCACAAUCACGAAUCAGUUCUGCUUCAUUAUCAAAGGUGGAGCCAAAAGCAGAACCCUGGCGAAUUCCAACAUCAGAGGGAAACAGGCCUCUUUCAAGAUCAUCUAGGAGAGGUGUGGGGCAGUUUCAAAUUUAGUUGUCGUCGUCAUCUGCCGCCUGUUGAUAGUUCAAGGUCAAUUAUACCCAGAUCUCAAGAUGCAUGGGCUGCAGGUGAGAUCCGGAUCCUGAACACUGUAAAAUUGUAUACGAUGGUAGUUAGUUUCUUUUUUUUAAACACUUAGAGGUCGGGAUGGUGAAAGUUUGGGGGGGGGGGGUCAAUAUAAGCUUGGGUUUUUUUCUAAGCUAAUUGUUUUUGCCCCCUUUGUUAACAGGAUUUGACCAUGUGGUUCUGUUCUCAUAUUUUUAUUGAAAACCACAUGGAUUAGAGGGAUAUAAUGAAUGUAGAAAAUGCAGCUUUUUGGGUUUUUUUAGAAUCUGUUUAUCUUGUAAGGAUCUUAUAGAGUUAAGGGAUUAGGCUAAA